UACCCGAUUGUGGUGAGCAACUUAUAACACACUGGUGUGCACAGUGAGGAAUGGGAUCAUGGGCUGCAUGGAAAAGAGCCUCAGGUUUCAGGAAAAGGGUCACCCUGCAAAAGGCAUUGAGUCUUCACAGGAACUGCCUGAACACCUCAGCUUGCACGUUUUCAUUUGCUUGAAUUUAAACUCUUGAUUUAGUAUAGCAAAUACAAAGCCAUAGCUGUUGGACCUGAAGUGAUUUACAACACAAAUAAUAAUCAAAACAAGCUGUUAGUAAUUAAAGUUGCUAGAACAAUCAUCACAAUGAACAACUGUUUCAAGCAACACCAGAUGUGGCCAGGCCCUUCCAUUCCAUGGGCAGCGAGGGCUUUAUUUUUCUACGUCCCGUGGCUCCUUUUUAUAGGCCAGGCGAACAACACACGACGUCUUAGGCCACGGUUAAUGUGUUCUUUUCGUGCCUUCAGUUUUAUUAUACGGCAUCACCCGGCUGGUAAAAAAAACAAAAACAAAAAAACAAAAAAAACCCCAACAACAAAAAAACCCUAACCAAAACAAACGAAAAAAAAAACCAAAAACCCGCGCACGCUCACGGCGACCGAAACGGCCCCAUCUUCCCCGCCCACCCUGCUCCCACCGCCGCCGAGAGGCCGGUGAGGGCCGCGGGGCGGGCGGCAGGCGGCGCUGCGCACGCGGCCUGCCUCCCACCGGUCUUUUUCCGGUCGGUGGCGCCGGCAUUAAACCGCCCCGCCCGCCUACGGCAUGUCCAAGAAAAAGGGUCUGAGUUUUGAAGAGAAGAGGGCCCGCAUGAUGGAGAUCUUUUUUGAAACAAAGGAUGUCUUCCAGUUGAAGGAUCUAGAGAAGAUUGCUCCGAAAGAAAAAGGGAUUACCUCGAUGUCAGUGAAAGAGAUUCUGCAAAGCCUUGUUGAUGAUGGCAUGGUGGACACUGAUAGAAUUGGAACUUCCAAUUAUUUCUGGGCUUUUCCCAGUAAAGCUCUUCAUGCCAGGAAGCGUAAAUUAGAGGAGUUAGAGACUCAGUUUGCUGAAAGCAGUCAGAAAAAAGAGGCUUUACUAAAAAGCAUUGAAAAAUCAAAAAUUGGACGUGAAGAUACUGUGGAACGUGCAGCUCUGCUGAAGGAACUUGCUGCCCUUCGGCAGAAAAAAGAGCAGCUAAAGAAAGAAGUAGAGAAAUACAGGGAAUGUGAUCCAGAUGUGGUUGAAGAGAUGUGCCAAACAAACCAAGUGGCCAAGGAGGCUGCCAACAGAUGGACUGAUAACAUCUUUUUAAUAAAGUCCUGGGCCAAGCGUAAAUUUGGAUUUGAAGAGAGCAGAAUAGAUAAAUGUUUUGGAAUCCCAGAAGAUUUGGAUUACAUUGAUUAGUGUUCAGUUGAUGGCUGACACAGUUGUACAUAGUUCAUUAUAUAUUCAUAGCUGCCAUUAAAAUGUGAAUCCUCUCCUAAGAGGUGACCACCCUUUAA